UGACCAGCGACUCAGAUAGGAGUUAUUGCGCAGAGGAACGGGAGAAACGAAGAGCAAUAAGGCACGAACACUUGCCUUUGUUAGAACGGUUGUAGCGUUUGAAGAUUGAAGACUACCGGAAAUAUGCAUUCAACAUGGAUUGUAUUAUGAUUGCCUUGUACUUGGACAUGGCACUGCGUAUUAAUAGUGCGGUGGAUAUGCUCUCGGUGUCGUUGGGUAACAGGCGAUCGUUGCAGGAGCUUAUGAAUGCCAUGGGCGACGAGUGGACUUUACACAAGUCAAACGUGAAAGCGUUACUUUUCAGUCACGAAUCGUGCCCUACAUCAAUUUCAGACCUUGUCCAGCAAGCCUUGGCAGCUUGUCAGGCGUCUAUCAUCCCUGACAUGGCCGUGCGCUUCCACGCGCUGGGCAGGAUCAGGACGAGUAUGAUACCAGACGAGCAUAUGUCAGUGCUUGCCAAGAUCUCCCGUGAUGGAGAGCUUUUAGAUUCCUUGAAGCCACUUUCCGUGAAGAAUGACGUCGUGCCAGAAAUCUCAGUGGGAAUGGAUAAACUCACGUUGACCUGUAGUCGCUAUUCGACUCGUAUCAGAAGCUCCACUCAGCAGGUCCUCUAGAUAGAAACAAG